AUGCCGGACGUCGAAUCUUCAGAAACCAGCCCUCUUCUCUCGCCAACAUCAACGCUUUCGCCAGAUAUCAUUUCUCCGGAUCAUCCGGACCGCUCCAUCGAACAUGAUACUAUCCCGGAGACGGCCACGAUUGGGCGGAACUUGUCCUGGACGAGUGCAUAUAUCCUGGUAAUAUCGCGCGUCAUCGGAAGCGGUAUCUUUGCUACUCCCGGCGCCAUAGUGAAAUCCGUUGGAAGCAUAGGGCUUGCGCUGUCUUUAUGGGUCGCCGGAGCGGUACUCUCGGCCUGCGGACUGGCUGUGUCCCUGGAAUACGGGUGCAUGCUGCCUCGAUCAGGCGGCGACAAAGUAUAUUUGGAGUUUACAUAUCGACAUCCAAAGUUCCUUGCGUCGACGUUGAUCGCCGUGCAGGCAGUCUUGCUGGGGUUCACAGCUAGCAACUGCAUUAUUUUUUCCAAGUACCUCUCGUUUGCAUUCAGUAUCGAACCGACGGAAUUCCAGAGUAAAGCGUUGGCGUUGGGAUUGCUCACGAUAAUUACCAUUAUCCAUGGCCGUUUUAUGAAGGCCGGGAUUGCUAUACAAAAUGCUCUGGGGUGGGUCAAAAUAUUCCUGGUCCUGUUCAUGGCAUUAAGUGGGGUGUAUGUUAUCCUAUUUCACGAGCGAGGUGAAACUGUCACUUCAUUUGCAUCAAGCGAUGCAGGUCUAUGGAAAGAACUGUGGAAGGACUCAGACUGGAGCUGGAAUAACCUGUCAACAUCAUUAUUCAAAGUGUUUUAUUCCUACGCUGGCUUGAACAACAUGAACAAUGUGCUGAACGAGGUCAAAAACCCAGUUCGGACGCUCAAGACAGUCUGCCCGGCUGCACUGAUUACGGCAUGUCUCUUGUAUUUGCUGGCCAAUGUAUCCUAUUUCCUCGUCGUCCCCAUUGAGGAAAUCAAGGAGAGCGGAGAACUGGUUGCUGCGCUCUUCUUUGAGCGUGCAUUUGGCCCGCAUCUCGGCCGAACCAUUCUCCCAUUGAUGAUUGCUACUUCGGCUGUGGGAAAUGUGAUGGUGGUGACUUUCGCGUUGGCUCGAGUCAACCAAGAGGUCGCCCGUCAGGGUUUCCUUCCAUUUUCCCGAACCAUCUCCUCGUCCAAACCAUGGAACUCUCCAUUUUGGGGUCUCGUCGUCCACUACAUACCGUCUUUCCUGGUGAUUGCCAUUCCUCCGCAGGGUGGAGCCUACAACUUUAUUUUAGACGUCGAAGGAUACCCCGGGCAAGCUUUUGCCCUGGCCAUUACCGCUGGCAUAAUUAUUCUUCGCUAUCGACGACCUGAUCUCCGACGGCCAUUCAAGGCCUGGUUGCCGGCUGUCUGGCUGAGAGGUAUUGUAUGUGUAGCGUUGCUGGCAGCGCCAUUUUUCCCACCGGCGGGCUGGAAAGGUGAUGUCGACUUUUUUUACGCGACGUAUGCCAUUGUUGGCAUCGGAAUCAUACUGUUCGGCGUUCUAUAUUGGUACAUCUGGACCGUACUUCUUCCCAAAUGGGGCGGAUAUACGCUGGAGGAAGAGGUGGAAGUAUUGGACGAUGGGACCAGCAUUACAAAGUUGGUGCACUCGCGGAAAACCCUGGCGAUCGUCGGCUGUGGCCAGAUCGGAACCGCGAUCCUCGAAGUCUUGCUGGCGUCGCUGUCGCAGCCGUGCCCCAACCCUCACCAUCAAACACUACCAAUCCUGUCGAUGAAGUUCAAACCAACAAGAUUCAUUGCCUGCGUCAACACUCAAGAAUCCGUGCUACGAUUACGCAACCAAUUCGGUCAUCUCGCGCGCUCUUCGUUCCCACACGUCCAGAUUUCACAAGGCGGAGUCGCGCAAGCAGUGCAGCAGGCCGACGUGAUCUUGCUUGCCUGCAAAACAACCGACCAAGCAGCAGAAAUCUUGGGUGAUCCGGGGUUGGCCGAACGUUUGGCCGGAAAACUGCUGCUCAGUACUUGCGCCAAUCUUUCUCCGCACCAGAUCGAACGACUCAUCUACCACGAUGCGAGCGGUGUCGAGGCCGAGAAAUGUUUUAUCGUACAAGCCAGCCCCAACGCAGCGGCGUACGUGCGGCAGUCAGCCACGGUGAUCAGUACGACCAUUGCAGGGGCGGAUACAACGCUAUCGCCGGAUUUUGAAAACUUGACUACUUGGAUCUUCUCUAGCAUCGGGACGGUCACUUAUGUACCGGAUUCGCUGAUGAGCGAAGCUUCGAUUACCAGCGGACUAGCCCCGGCGCUUUUAACUGUUGCAUUGGAAGGAAUUAUAAAAGAAGCUAUGACAAGGGGGCUCAGUGAGCCUGAUGCAUUACACCUCGCGGCGCAGGCCAUGAAGGGAAGCGCCGAGUUGGUCCUGUCAAAAAAGGACGAGAACAAGGGCCUGUUUGCCAUUGAUCAAGUCAGAGACGAGGCUAUUGAGACCUCGAAUGGAAGCGGUGCCCUGGGUUUGGCGGCGCUGAGGCAGGCUGCCGCCAAAGACACCUUUGCCGAGGCGAUGCGACAGGGCAUGGAGAAAAAGGACCCGAAUGGAUACCUUUACUCAAACUGGUAG